AUGCCGCGAAAAAUUACCUUGAACAGCAAAAUGAAGAACAGAUCAGUCAUCCUGCAGAAGAAACUGCGCGAAUUGGAAACCGAGCUCGGUGACGUCAUCCGGAUCCCCCUCGACCCGGCUUCGCCGCCCGGCCCGCUCCAGCAGAUCGCCUUCGACGACAUCAGGAAGCGCUUCGCCUUCCUGCGCAACCUCCUCUCGCAGGAGAUCGCGUCCAGGCCGCGGAACUCCGGCCAAUUGGAGGAAAUUGGGGAGCGGCUGGCCGCGUUGAGGUCGACCUUCCGCGAAUGGAACGACCUGAGGCUGUCGGUGCUCCUCCGGGGCGGCGGUUCGGGGGAAUCCCAGGAUUUUUCCGGCGGAGGGCCGCCGGGGGAGGUUCCGCGCGAUUCCGCGGCAGGAGGAGGUGCGAAGGGGGAGGAGUGUGGUCAGCAGGUGGUUCCGUGCGGCGGCAGCGUUGUUUCGGGUUCGGAUUCGAACUCAGAUCCGGAAGAUUCGCGUUGCGAGAAUACGACGGAUGAAUUAUUCGGUGUUGUGGAGAAGGAUGGGGACGUGAAGAAGGAAGAGGAGGCGGCGGCGGUGGAGGAGAAUGUGUGGAGUAGAAUGGGAAAGUACGGCGGCGCGUUUGGGUGCGGGAUGAUUGUGGGGGCCAUUUGCACUGUGAGGUGGUUUUUUGUUGCUUUUACGCCUCGUCUGAUUGAAUAUGAAGCUAUUCUUAUACCUCCCACAUAG